UAGCGAGCACGCACCGAGCGGUGCCUCGUGGAGAGAAGAUUUGCGCGUUCCCUGCACACAGUGGGGAAGUAGUCAGUUCGGUAGGGUACCGCUAGCACAAGCUAGAGUUGGUCAAUAUGGCGCUAUAGUAGCCCGUGUUAUUCAAUAAUGGCGUGAAUUGCUUUCACGGGAAUUUUUUGAAAGUUUAAGAGGGAGGGUAGUGCAUCUUCCCCUUUCCACCCCGGUAUCUGCUCUCUCUAGAGUGACGUACCCCGAACCUGUAGGUUGCAUGAUCUGUGUGGAUAAGAUCUGACACAGGAGCAUCACUCAGACACCUACUUUGAUUGUACUUAAAAGUAUAUGCCAAAACGACGUUUGUUGUUUGCGCUCGUCUUUGACCGCUCUCAACAUGCCUGAAGGAGUACGUGGGCAAGAAGCAGUCAGGGUUUCGGCUGCCUUCACGGCUUUGGCUGGAUGUUGUGUUCUCCUCCGUCUGUACACAAGGUUUUGUAUCGUGAAGUGUGCUGGAAUUGAGGAUUAUAUCAUAUCUGUUGCGCUGAUCUGUUCCGUCGGCUUGACAGCAUGCAUCGGAGUUCAGGUUCAAUAUGGCAUGGGUCUCUCUGGUAAAUACCUGUCCGAGAGUGACCUUCGAAACUCAUUGAAGGCUUUUUGGGCUUCACUCAUUGUGUACUAUCUCUCCCUUGGGCUCACCAAGAUCUCUAUCCUGCUUCAAUAUCGCCGCGUUUUCCCUACGAGGGGAUUUCAGAUUUUGUGCUGGUGCAUCUUCUCGGUCGUCAUAUGCUACACAGUUUGGACGGUCUUCGGUUCGAUUUUUGCAUGUGUGCCGGUAAGAGCAUUCUGGACACAUGAAAAACCCUCGAAAUGCAUCAAUCAGUUUGCCAUGUGGUUUACCAAUGCCGGGAUCAACAUCGUAACCGAUUUCGCCAUCAUCAUCCUACCGAUGCCACUCAUACGGAAAUUGAAUAUCGCACGGCGACAAAAGCAAGCCUUGAUAGGUGUUUUCGCCGUUGGUGGAUUGUAAGUCUCAUAUCCACGUUCCCCUCGAAUGUUGUGUUCACAUCCGUUUGUACAUUUCAUGCCGCCUUCAACAUUCAACAAUGAAUCUUUCUACUAACAAGACUCUACCAGUGUAUGCGUGGUAUCGAUUCUGCGCCUCCAGUCUCUCAUCGCCAUCUCCAACUCUACC